UCUGGAGCCCAUCCCUCCCUGAAAACCGGCUGGGAAUGCCUGCCAGUGCUCCCGGUGCUGCUGCACAGACCCCAUCCCUCCCUGAAAACCGGCUGGGAAUGCCUGCCAGUGCUCCCAGUGCUGAUGCACAGACCCCAUCUCUCCUGCACAAACCCCCUCGGGCUACCCUGCCAGUGCUUCCCGGCGAGGUCACUGUCCCGGCGACAGAGGCAGCAAGCCUGGCACAUCCCAGGGAGGGGAAUGGAUAUAAUUAAUUUGCCGUUUUCCAAGUGGGAAGGUGGGGUGGCUGGAAUCGAAGGGCCCCGGUGACGGGGCAGGCAGGUACCCACCUUGCUGUGGGCUGUGGCUGGCAGGGGCUUGCUGCCAGGCUGGGAGUGGAUGUGCUGCGAUGCCGUGGAGGUUUUCUGGGGCUCUGGUGUGGGCAGCGUUUCCAUCCUUGACUUGGGUGUAGCUGUGUCACACCACUUCCCAGUGCUACAACCCCAGAGGGCUGGUCUGCAUGCAGGAGGGUUUGAGCUGUAAAAGUUAAUUCAGCAAAGCCGGGUACUGCAGGCUGCCCGUGUGUGUGAUGCAGGGGAUUCAGAUGGCACAUCCCACACAGGAGCCACGGCUUGGGAUAAACCUCAGGGAGUGUUUGGAGAGUGUGACGUGUAAGGGACAGAGGAACUGGAAUCCUUGUAGAGAAGAGAAACACCUUCACACUUGUUAACACCUGCACAUAUCUCUCAGGUCUGUCCAGCUACAAGGGAAGUUCAGCCUUUCCCACCUUUCUCCCUGUAGAUAAAUAAGGCAGCCUUAGUGGAGAUACUGGAGAGGAAACUCCUCAGCAGCAGGUCUGGUGGUACAGGGGCAGUUUUUGUGAAGAGCUGUCUGAGAUCCUCAGAGCAGGUUGGGAAGAUGUCAGAGCAAGAGGUGUAGCUCAUCUGACCUGGAUCUGACCUAUCCUCAAGGUAUACUUGAUCUGCACUGAAAGGGGUGGGAGUAUGGAUUAGCUGCCCACUUAAGCUGCCUUUUAGCCCUCAGGGUUUAAGAAAUAGUGUAGUAAUUGCUCCAUAAUGUUCUAAAGCCUGGCUUUGGCUGGCAGCCUGGCUUGGCACCCUUGGUAUAACUUGAUCUUUUAAACAGACCUCCAAAUGUCACAAGUGAGCACAUGAAGCAAGGCUGGCUGUCUCCUUGCUUGCUCUGUAGAGCCCUCGGUAAGCUAAAAGCUGCAGAAUAAGCCUGGAAGUGGGCAAGAGCCCCAAUCCAUCUCAGCUCCUGGAAAGAGGGUAAGGCCUGAAGAGUCCUGUGUAGCUUGCAGUGGCUUUGUUGUUUAUCCUAAAAGGUGUGUAGUUGUCCAUGGCUUGGUCAGUUCUCCUGUUUUGCUUUCUCUGAGCUGGGUGAGAAUGGGAUGGUGGCUGCAGAGGGACGCUGAGGCGGCCAGGGCUGCCCUUCCCUCACCGUGUCCCUCCAGACAGCCAGGCAGGUGCUGGCUAGGUCACAACAAAUGGUCCUGCUCUGUGUGCUGUGCUGCAGCUGACACAGUGACUUGCCUGGUGAAUCAUAAGUGAAUGCUGCUGAGAGCUGAGCUUUUUGCAGACACCACAGCAUUAGCCCUGCUCCUUGGACAAGCUCCAGCCUGGGCGAUUCCAUUCGGACACUUUAAAUGCUCCCUGUCGCCUUUGCAGGCACAAGGCUCUGCUCUUCUGCCUGCGAGCUCUUGGAGACUUGCUGGGGACUGUAAAACAGCUGCUACUUUCACUCGCUGGCUGUUUUCUUGCUGGGUGUCGGGGGUUGUCUGUGGAGCCUGACUGCAGGACUGUGAAAGAGGCUCUGUUUAACGCCAGGCAGUUGAUUUGCCAAUAAAGGUUGGCUUUAUUUUUCCCAUCAGCUCUACUCUGUUGGCUGCCUAGGGCUGAUGCAGGACACAGGUGAAGUUGUAUUGGUUUUGGAGUCUUAACAAUUACCAGCUUAACUAGAGUGAUGGUUCUUGAGGCUAUAAUUAGGUCAAGCUGUCUUGUUUGUUGAAUUCCCAUUCAGCUCCCAAACUUGGUAGUGGAAAUGAACUUGGGGCCUUUUUGAGGGUUGCUGUUGGUCUCCACUGGCAAGGAACAUUUGGGAGACAGCUCUUGUGCUCCUGUCCGUGCUGCCAGAGCCCGUGGGCAAAGGCAGAGCCGUGUUGUGUCUCUGUCCCAGGGGCUGCUGAGCUGCCAUGGGGAACACCACGAGCGAGCGGGUGUCUGGGGAGCGCCAUGGCUCCAAGUCCCACCGCUCCGACGGCUCCGGUGCCUCCCACCCCGCCAAGGAGCACCCGCACAAGAUCAUGGUGGGCAGCACCGACGACCCCAGCGUUUUCAGCUCCCACGACUCCAAGGUAAGGGCUGGCUGCUGCCUUCCCUGCCUGCCUUCUGGAGCUUUGACACACUGCCUGUGUUCCCAGCUGUGCCAUGGGUCUCUGGGAGGCUGGAGGAGCUCUGUGGUGCUCCUGUGUGCCAUGUGCAGGUGGGCUGGUAGGGGAAGGUGUUGGGGUGGAGGGGCUGGGCAGUGCUGGUUCCUGGGGUUCGUGGAAGAGCAGCAUUCAGAGCAUCAACAGGGUGAUGCCGUUGCACAUGUGUUCUCUCUGCACAGCCACAAUGACUUCGUUGCUAUCCUGGACCUUCCAGAAGGAGAGCACCAGUACAAAUUCUUUGUGGAUGGCCAGUGGGUCCAUGAUCCAUCUGAGCCUGUGGUUACCAGCCAGAUGGGGACGAUAAACAACCUCAUCCACGUCAAGAAGUCUGACUUUGAGGUGUUUGAUGCAUUGAAGGUGGAUUCCCUGGAAAGCUCAGAAACCUCAGGUCGGGAUUUAUCCAGCUCCCCACCGGGACCUUAUGGCCAAGAGAUGUACGUAUACCGGCCCGAGGAGCGCUUCAAAUCCCCGCCCAUCCUCCCACCUCACCUCCUCCAGGUCAUCCUCAACAAGGACACCAACAUCUCGUGUGACCCAGCACUGCUGCCUGAGCCCAACCACGUCAUGCUCAAUCACCUCUACGCGCUCUCCAUCAAGGACGGCGUGAUGGUGCUCAGUGCCACGCAUCGCUACAAGAAGAAGUACGUCACCACGCUGCUGUACAAGCCCAUCUGAGCCAGGGCCUCACACACUCCCCACGCAGGACACGCCGCUUGUCUGCACACACUGGGCCACAGGACUGUGUGACAACUGGCCACUGGCUCCAGCCUCAAACCUGGCAGGGACACGGGCCCCGGCAACAAGCUCAGGGUCACUGGGGCCUGUGACGCUGUCCCAUCCUACUGGCGUGGUUUAGCCCUUGGUUUCCGCCCACCUGCAGCUUCCCUUGGCUUCUGUGAGUCUCUGGGACCACUUUGCUGCUCACCAGAACAGCCCCUCCUCACGCCCAACACGAAAAGGGCUUCACCCUGCCUGUCUUCUCCACCCUGCAAGGGCCUCAAGGUGGUCCUGGCACUGCACCCGGUCCAGGCUCCAGGAACACAUCCUGUUGUACUGAAGGUUGCGCUGCUGCCCUGGUGAUGAGUCUCCAAGGUCACCUUGUCUGCUAGGGACUCUGUGACACUCCAGCCUGGCACCUGCCCCCUGUCCCACAGCCCUGGCUGUGGGGCUGCCCCCCAGCUUUGAGGAGGGCUCUGCAGCCCCAGCCCUCAGCAAGGUUCGUCGAGCCGGCAUGAUGGAUGGUACAGCUGGACACAGCCACUCUUACCUGCUGCUGUGAGAGCACCACAAGGGCUGCAUCACCCUGUCCCAAAUAUCAGUUGCUUCUGUGGGACAGGGCUGACUGUCACAGCCAGAGGAGCACUGGCACAUGCCCACGCUGGAGGGGCCUGGGAAGAACAGAACUGGGCAGGCACUCAGGACCCCGGCUGCAGUGCCUGCUGCUUCAGCAGUGCCAGGGGUUCUCUAUUUAUUACAGUAUUUAUUGUUCUCG